AUGAUGGUAGUCAGUAAUUUUUGCUACUUGUGGUCCUCCUCCUUCCGCCGCCUGUCCGCCCACGUUCCCCAGGCAGACGUCGCGCUGUCUCUGCUGACCGUAGCCGAGACGUUCACCUUUGCCGCGUCACUGUUUUACCAUACGUCGGCAUCCGCGGCCUCGACCGCGGUCACGGCGCUCCUCGGGGACCUCCGUCUGGCUCACGCGGCUCACACGCGGGUCUCCCCGUCACGGCUAUCGGGAGGCGAGCGCCGGCGGGUGUCCAUUGGCCUCGCCCUGCUCCGUGACCCCGGCGUGCUCCUCCUCGAUGAGCCGACCUCCGGCCUCGACUCCUCCUCGGCGUUCGUGGUCGUCGGCUGCCUCCGCGCCGUGGCGGCCGCCAGAGGCACGACGGUGGUGAUGUCCAUCCACCAGCCCAGCACGCGCCUGCUCUCCGCCGUGGAUUCGCUCCUCCUCCUCUCCCGCGGCACCGUCCUCCACCACGGCUCCCUCGCCUCCUUCGACGCCGCCCUCCUCUCACACGGCUUCGCCGUCCCCGCGCAUCUCAACCCGCUAGAGUACGCCCUCGAGGUCAUCGACCAGAUACCCCAUCCCUCGCCCUUCUCCCCUGAACCCAAGUCGGCGCAAGAUCACACAACCAAGACAUCGGACCACCACAGGCCGGCCAUGGCGACGCCGCCGUCGUUGUCGUGUACUUCGCCGUGCUCGCAGAUACAUGAGUUCGUGGUUCUGUACAAGAGAGCGUGGAAGGUGGUGUAUCGGAGCAAGCAGCUGUUGUUGACCAACUUCCAUGAGGCUGUGAUCGUCGAGACGUUGCUGGGCACCAUCUACAUCAACGCCGGCUACGGUGAGGCCGGCGUGCAGAAGCGACUGGGGCUCUUUGCCUUCACGCUAACGUUCCUACUCACCUCCACCACGGAGACGCUGCCAACGUUCGUCACGGAGCGGCCGAUCGUGCUCGCUGAGACGGCGGCGGGUCUGUACCGGCUGUCCUCCCACGCCACCGCCGCCACGAUGAUGUUCAUCCCGUACCUCCUGGCGGUGGCGCUCCUCUACUCCUCGUGCGUCUACUUCCUCGUCGGUCUCUGCCCGUCGCCGGGGGCAUUCACACCUGUCGAGCUCCCAGUGCUGGCCAUCGGUGUGUUGGAGUCGUCGGUGACGUGA